UCAAUUAUUUCUGUUAAUGUUAAUAGUUUGCGUGACCGCGAUAAGCGGGCUGGUUUUGUGCAGUGGCUGCGCUUGCUGCCCUCUCCGGCGGAUGUGGUAUGUUUGCAGGAAUGUCACUGUGUUUCUGUAGAUGAGGUCUCUUUUUGGUUCCCGGGUUCAGGUCUUCUUUGUGCUGUGUCCCUGGGUUCUAAUCAUUUGUGUGGCUGCAUCGUGCUAUUUAGGCCGUCUCUCUCUCUUAUUCGUUCGUGGUCUGAUGACCAUGGCCGGUUUCUCCAGUGCGAAUUCUCUUACCGUGGCAAGGUAUUUCGUGUUGCUUGUGUGUAUGCGCCAAAUCGCAACCCAGAGCGCGAGGAGUUUUAUGAUGAUGUUUGUGUGCGGGUUGACCCUUCCGUCCCCACAGUUUUGUGUGGGGACUUCAAUGCUGUGUUCCAUCGUUUAGUGGAUCGCGUUGGGUCGGAUCCUGCUGAUACUGUUCGGGAGAGCUUGGUGGCCUUGGCUCACCUUUUUUCAUCUUGUUGUGUGACGGACAUUUGGCGUUAUUUGCACCCUUCUACCAAUAGUUUUACUUGGUCGAGGUGGAAUGGCCUCGUUGCCUCUCACAUUGAUCUGAUUGGGUGUCCGUAUGCGUGGAUCUCGUCAGUUGGUUGCUGUGACAUCUUGCCUUUUCCGUUUUCGGACCACUGUGCACUCUUUUUCUCUGUCUCUGUUCCUGAUGCAAUUUCUCCUGGUCCGGGGUUGUGGAAGCUCAAUUCCGCGGUUUUGGAUGAGCCUGAGUUUGUCGCUCAUUUCAAACUUCUGGUCCUUCUGGCGUAGUAGGAUCUUCUCCUUCUCCUCUCUUGCUGAUUGGUGGGAUGCAGGUAAAGCUGAGAUCAAGAGGCUCUCUGUUGAUUAUUGUCGAAACCGAGCCAGGGUCAAGCGGGGGGAACGUGAUCUUUUAUCUCGUCUUGUUUCCUUUCUCAAGGAGAAACUCAAUGCUGGUGCUACUUUUUGUCUUGCUCCUUAUCAUACUGCCCUCUCUAACUUGGGUAAGUUUGAUCUUGAAGCUGCACGUGGCGCACAAGUCCGUGGUCGCGUCCAUUGGACGGAGGAGGGCGAAGUUUCCUCGGCCUAUUUUUUUCGGUUGAUUAAGAAACAGAGUGCUGACUGCCUUGUGGCAGCUUUGCAUUGCCCGGAUGGUACUGUGGUUAACUCUCCUCCUGAAUUGGUUGAGUGCUUCUCUCAGUUUUAUUCUGACCUUUUCUCUGCUGAGCUGGUCGAUUUUGCUGCUCAGGAUGUGCUUUUGUCAAAUGUUUCUGCCCAUCUUUCGCCUUCUGAGCGUGAUGACUGUGAAGGCCUCUUGUCUGUUGAGGAAUGUUUUACUGCUCUUCAAGGCAUGGCUCGCAGGAUGGCCCCCGGUACUGAUGGCCUCCCUAUGGAGUUUUAUCUUAAGUUCUGGAGUCUUCUUGGUUAGGAUUUGGUUAGAGUUCUGAACUCUUGUUUUUCUGCUGGUCGUCUGUCUCGCUCGCAGCGUCGGGGUGUCAUUUCUUUGUCCUUUAAAAAGGGGGAUCGCUUAGAUCCAAAGAAUUGGCGCCCUAUUUCUCUCCUUAAUGUAGACUACAAGAUUGCCUCUCGCGCUAUUGCUGGUGGUGGGGUUUUCUAAAAAGCUACUCUGGUUAAGAUGGGUUUUGGGCCGUCUUUCUCUGGUUGGAUUGACUUGUUUUAUAAUGGCUCUCAGAGUGCGGUUAUGUUAAUGGCCAUAUCUCUUCUUUCUUUUCCUUGUCACGUGGUGUCCGCCAGGGUUGCCCGCUGUCACCACUCCUGUAUGUGUUAGUUGCCGAGGUCCUAGCAUGCAACAUCCAGUGUCACCUGGACAUUUCUGGUUUGACCCUUUCCGGUUCGUCUGUUCCCCUUCCCCCUUUGUCUCAGUAUGCUGAUGAUACGUCUAUCAUUGUGACGACGAUCGUGCUAUUCUUGCCACCUUUGAAGUUUACGAUCUUUACCAACAAGGCUCUGGUGCCAAGUUGAACCUUUCUAAGUGCAAGGGUUUGCGGCUGGGGGCUUGGAAUGGUCGCGUGGAUUGCCCGGUUGUGAUUGAGUGGGGGUCUGUCAAGCUUAAGAUCUUGGGUGUUUUUCUUGGUCCCUUGGCUUCACCGGAGCAUAAUUGGCGGCCGCGUAUUUCUGCUGUAGAGAAUGUCUUGCUUUCGUGGCGUCAGAGAUCCCUUUCUUAUCGUGGGAAGGCUGUUAUCAUUAACGCACUGGCUCUAUCUAGGAUCUGGUAUGUCGCGUCCCUGGUUUACAUGCCCCCUUUUGUUUUGCGUGAGCUCAGCCAACUCGUUUUUAAGUUUUUUUGGAGUGGUAAGCGUGAUCUAGUCGCCCGUCGGGUGGUUCAGCCUACCUCCUGUGGUGGCUUCUCGGUGGUGGAUGUUGAGUUGAAGGUGUGGGUGCUUCUUUUGCAGUGGGUGAGACGCCUGUCUGUCUCCCCUUCUACUUGGGUUUCCUUUUUCUCGUUCUGGUGUGUCCGUACCUGGGGUGUUUCUCCAGUUCAAGUUCUCUCUACACCUUCUCGGUUUUGUGAUCUUCGUCGUUUACCCUGCUUCUAUAGGGCUCUUCUGUCGGCCUGGUCGUCUGCUGGUGGUUGUUUCCUCCAAAGUAGAGGUACGCUCUCCGUGGGGACGGGUCUUACGGUUGCUCCGGUGUCUUCCCUGACUACUAAAUCUGCGUAUUCUUUGCCGCUGAUUGAUCGUUCUGUUGUCCCUCACUGUGUUGAGAAGUUCUCUGUCCCCUUUGGCCAAUUGUACUGGUCUACUACUUGGCACCAGCUCUUCUUUUUUGAUAUUGAUCGUCCUGUUAUUGACCUCUCCUGGAAGAUCGCUCAUGGUGUCUUGUACACCGCUGAGAGGCUUGCGUCCUUUGGUUAUGGCAUCCCAACUGUCUGUUUUUGU